AUGAGUUGCAUAAGCUGGAACUGUCGAGGUAUUGGGCCACCUCGAACAAAAAAUCAUCUCAGAAGGAUGAUUCGGAAGUUUCGCCCAUCCAUUGUCUUCUUGAUGGAAACCAAGAACAAUGAGGAAACUAUGGAGGAUUUAAGAGUCCAGAACAAUUUUCAAGGAAAAUUCUACGUUCAUCCGGAAGGCACGGCCGGAGGACUUGCUCUUUGGUGGACGGCGGGUUUUUCGCUCCAAGUUUUGGAUUGUGGUCGGAACUUUAUUGAUGUUUUUAUUAAUUAUGGGUGUGGUUUUUUUAUGACUUUUACCCACGCCCCCUCAAUUGCAAAUGAGAGGAGAGUGUUUUCGGACUCUUUGUCUAGGAAUAGGAGUGAACCUAAUGUACAUUGGAUUGUAAUUGGGGAUUUGAAUGCAAUGUUGUUUGACUACGAGAAGCUUGGUGGUGGCGCUUCGAGAAGGGAAUCGGUUGAACCUUUUAAGAGGUUCAUUUUUUACAAUGGUCUUAUGGAUAUGGGUUACAAGGGUCCCCAAUUCACUUGGAACAACAAAAGAAGGGGUGAUCGCAACAUUAAGGGGCGGCUUGAUCGUGGAUUUUGUUCUCCUUCUUGGCGGGAAUUUUUUGAGGAAGCCGUAAUUUUCCAUGAAAGUGACAUUGGCUCCGAUCAUCAAGCCUUGAGACAUGAGUUUCACUCGCCAGGGCCAUGGAACCGGACACCUUUUCGAUUUGAUGAACGAUGGGCUAGUAAAGAGGAAUGUGACCACAUUGUGAUGAGUGCUUGGGCCUCGGAAGGAUCUCACGAGCAACGUGUUCGUAGGUGCCAAAAUGAUCUUAAGGAAUGGGCUAAAGGUAUGAUUCAAGCCCAAUUUCAUAGAGAAGAGGAGAUAAAAAGGAGACUUGAAUCUCUUUCCCAUGUGUUUCGCUCGGAUGAAGUGUUGGGAGAGGAAAGAAUCCUUAUUGAGGAGUUGGAUUUCCUUUGGAGGGACCAGGAAAGAAUGUGGAAACAAAGGUCUACAAUUCAAUGGCUUGCGGAGGGUGAUCGCAAUACAAAGUUCUUUUACAAUUCAACGGUUUAUAGGAAACAUUCUAAUUGGAUUGUGGGACUCAAAGGGCCAAAUGGAGAGUGGAUUAAACGGCCUAUGCUGUUAUCCACCCAUAUUAAAGAUUUCUUUAAAGAGCUUUUCACGGCUAAGGAUACUGGUUUUGACAAUGGGAUCCUUCAACAGUUUCCAAGGCUGGUUACUGAUGAUAUGAAUUUUGCCUUGAGUAAGACGGUAACGAGGGAAGAGAUAAAGAAAGUUGUUUUUGCUUUGGGGCCUCACAAGUCACCGGGUCCUGAUGGCUUCAAUGGAUUCUUCUUCCGGAAGUAUUGGGACUUAAUUGGGGACGAGCUUACCAAAGAAGUUGAAACUUUCUUCUCUACAGCCUCCCUUCAGGUGGGGUGGAAUGAUACUCAUAUUUCCCUUAUACCAAAGAUUCCCUCACCGGAAAAGAUUAGUCAGUUUCGUCCUAUUAGCUGA